AGAGUCUCUGCACAAUGAUGAAGAUGACGGACGCCUUAGAUGCAUGUGUCGAGUCUAUGCCCGUCAAACGCCACCCUUGGCUACUUAGGGAACCUCCUGAUGAUCGUCUCAUCUGACGGCUUCCUUUCAACAAUGUCAACGUCUGACUUGCAAAACAAUGGAUAACGUAGAGUGGCCUUCGCAGCCUAUCCCACAGCAGAUCAAGAAUCUUAUUGCUCGCUUUUACAAGCUCGUAGACACUAGCACGCAUGACACCAGCCGAGAACUUGCAGACACGGUCUUUACCGAAGACAGUACAUUCACUGUCAACCGACGCGUGAUGGCAGGCAGAGACGGUGGGGAUGCAACGCAAGCCCAACGGCUUGUUAUUAGCGUGCUGAUGCUACCGCAGAGAUCGCGCAGUUUCGAAGUGGCGGCGGUGGUUCGUCGACCAUAGUGUCUCGCCGACAUGAAGUGCAUAAAGUCUACACGUGCACCGAGAGUGGAGACGACCUAUUGAUGACGGGUACUCUGACCUUAGAGUCAGA